GACCGCUCUGUCCCUGCCCGGGCGCCAGCCACGGCUUUAAAGGGUCUCUCUGCCCGGCCCCUUAGCAGCUCCGCUACGAACUCCGGGAGGCUUCGGGCCGCGUCCUGGGGCUCCCCACUCGACCUGAUCGGACUUAAGAAGGUGAUCGCUCUGCUUUCCCUGCCUCCUACCCGUCUCCUUCCCCCCACUUAACUUUUUGUCUCCACUCGCCUGCAGCGCUGUCCUCUCCCCACAAACCUACCCGCGGCUGUGCCAACCGCGCGGGGCAUGGGCCCUCCAACACGGCUCCUGGAGGCCCCGCGGCGCCGCAAGAUGUGAGAGGCCCGUGUGAGGCAGAGCCAAAGCUUCGGGAGAGGAGCUGAUAGCCCCCAGCCUCUAAAGGCCAGAAGAGGUGGCUGUGCGCGCUGUGCCCCCGCGGUGCUGAGCGUCUCGGAGCGCCCAACCCAGGGCCGGAACGAGUAGCUGGCCGGAGGCGCGCCGCGGAGAGCAGGCUGUCAUGCCCUAUUGAUUCCCCCACCCCCCGCCAAGUAUGUUUGGGCUGGACCAAUUCGAGCCCCAGAUCAACAGCAGGAACGCUGGCCAGGGCGAGAGGAACUUUAACGAGGCCGGACUAAGCAUGAACACCCACUUUAAGGCCCCGGCUUUCCAUGCAGGGGGACCCCCUGGCCCCGUGGACCCUGCCAUGAGCGCACUGGGCGAGCCCCCGAUCUUGGGCAUGAACAUGGAGCCUUACGGCUUCCACGCGCGCGGCCACUCGGAGUUGCACGCGGGGGGGCUGCAGGCACAGCCGGUGCACGGAUUCUUUGGAAGCCAGCAGCCGCACCACGGCCACCCGGGAGGCCACCACCCCCACCAACAUCACCCUCACUUCGGGGGCAACUUUGGUGGCCCGGACCCAGGGGCCUCGUGCCUGCACGGGGGUCGCCUGCUCGGCUACGGCGGCGCCGGCGGCGGCCUGGGCAGCCAGCCGCCCUUCGCCGAGGGUUAUGAUCACAUGGCGGAGAGCCAGGGGCCUGAGAGCUUCGGCCCGCAGCGACCCGGAAACCUCCCGGACUUUCACAGUUCGGGCGCCUCGGGCCAUGCCGUGCCUGCUCCAUGCUUGCCGCUGGACCAGAGCCCGAACCGAGCCGCCUCCUUCCACGGCCUGCCCGCCUCCAGCGGCUCUGAUUCCCACAGUCUGGAGAACCGGAGGGUGGCGAACCAAGGAGCCGUCGACUCGCUGGAAUACAAUUACCCGGGCGAGGCGCCCUCGGGACAUUUCGACAUGUUUUCGCCCUCUGAUUCUGAGGGGCAGCUGCCUCAUUAUGCGGCGGGUCGCCAGGUUCCCGGGGGCUCUUUCCCGGGUGCCUCGGCCAUGCCCAGAGCUGCAGGCAUGGUCGGGUUGUCCAAAAUGCACGCCCAGCAGCAGCAGCAGCAGCAGCAGCAACAGCAGCCGCCGCCGCACGGUGUGUUCUUCGAGAGGUUCGGCGGGGCCCGCAAGAUGCCCGUGGGCAUGGAGCCCGGGGUAGGCUCAAGGCACCCCUUAAUGCAGCCUCCUCCGCAGGCCCCGCCGCCCCCUCAGCAGCAGCCCCCACAGCAGACUCAGCAGCCGCCGCAGCCGCAGCAACAGCAGCAGCCUCCGCCGCCUGGGCUCCUGGUCCGACAAAAUUCGUGCCCGCCUGCGCUCCCGCGGCCCCAGCAGGGCGAGGCGGGCACGCCCAGCGGCAGCCUGCAGGAUGGGGGCCCCAUGCUGCCCAGCCAACACGCGCAGUUCGAGUACCCCAUCCACAGGCUGGAGAACCGGAGCAUGCACCCUUAUUCUGAGCCUGUGUUCAACAUGCAGCAUCCUCCUCCGCAGCAGGCGCCUAACCAGCGGCUGCAGCAUUUCGACGCACCCCCUUAUAUGAAUGUGGCCAAGAGGCCGCGCUUUGACUUCCCGGGCAGCGCGGGAGUGGACCGCUGCGCUUCGUGGAACGGCAGCAUGCACAACGGCGCUCUGGACAACCACCUCUCGCCCUCCGCCUACUCUGGCCUGCCCGGUGAGUUUACACCGCCGGUCCCUGACAGCUUCCCCUCAGGGCCACCCCUGCAGCAUCCAGCCCCGGACCACCAGUCCCUACAGCAGCAGCAGCAGCAACAACAACAGCAGCAGCAGCAACAGCAGCGCCAAAACGCGGCCCUCAUGAUUAAGCAGAUGGCGUCGCGGAAUCAGCAGCAGCGACUGCGCCAACCCAACCUGGCCCAGCUAGGCCACCCCGGCGAAGUGGGCCAGGGAGGCCUGGUGCAUGGCGCCCCGGUGAGCGGCUUGGCCCAGCCGAACUUUGAGCGUGAAAGCGGCGGCGCGGGCGCGGGGCGCCUGGGCACCUUCGAGCAGCAGGCGCCGCACCUGGCGCAGGAGAGUGCGUGGUUCCCAGGUCCGCAUCCGCCACCUGGUGACCUGCUGCCCCGCAGGAUGGGCGGCUCAGGCUUGCCCGCUGACUGCGGCCCGCACGACCCCGGGUUGGCGCCGCCCCCUCCUCCCGGUGGCUCGGGGGUGCUGUUCCGGGGCCCUCUGCAGGAGCCGCUGAGGAUGCCCGGAGAGGGCCACGUGCCCGCGCUGCCCUCCCCUGGCCUGCAGUUCGGGGGCAGCCUGGCCGGCCUGGGCCAGCUGCAGUCACCGGGGGCUGGAGUGGGGCUACCUAGCGCUCCCUCCGAGCGCCGGCCCCCGCCGCCGGAUUUCACGGCGCCCGCGCUUGGGGGCCAGCCUGGCUUCCCGUUCGGCGCAGCGAACCGGCAGGCCACGCCGCACAGCGGCCCAGGCGUGAACUCGCCCCCUAGCGCGGGUGGGGGUGGCGGCAGCACUGGCGGCGGCGGCGGCGGGGGCGCAUACCCGCCGCAGCCUGAUUUCCAGCCCAGCCAACGCGCCUCGGCCAGUAAACUGGGCGCGCUCUCGCUGGGCUCCUUCAACAAGCCCAGUUCCAAGGACAACCUGUUCGGCCAGAGCUGCCUGGCUGCGCUCUCCACAGCCUGCCAGAACAUGAUCGCCAGCCUCGGGGCCCCCAACCUCAACGUGACCUUCAACAAGAAGAACCCGCCCGAGGGGAAGAGGAAACUGAGCCAGAACGAGACCGAUGGUGCGGCCGUUGCCGGCAACCCGGGCUCGGAUUACUUCCCCGGAGGGACUGCACCGGGCGCCCCGGGGCCCGGAGGCCCGUCGGGGACCAGCAACGGUGGCUCCAAAACCUCGGGGCCGCCCAACCCUCCUGCCCAGGGGGACGGCACCAGCCUCUCUCCCAACUACACCCUGGAAUCGACGUCGGGGAACGACGGCAAGCCGGUCCCCGGGGGCGGUGGCCGGGGGAGGGGUCGCAGAAAAAGGGACAGUGGUCACGUGAGCCCCGGGACCUUCUUCGACAAGUACUCUGCAGCGCCGGACAGCGGGGGCGCGCCCGGGGUGAGCCCAGGGCAGCAGCAGGCACCAGGUCCAGCCCUCGGGGGAAGCUCGUCAGGCGAGGCACGAGGGGCACCUACGCCUCACGAGAAAGCGCUCACUUCGCCGUCGUGGGGGAAGGGGGCCGAGUUGCUCCUGGGGGACCAGCCGGACCUCAUGGCUUCCCUGGAGGGCGGGGCCAAGUCGGACGGUAGUUCCCCGCACGUGGGUGAGUUCGCCUCAGAAGAGGUGAGCACAAGCUACGCCAAUGAGGAUGAGGUGUCAUCCAGCUCCGACAACCCCCCGGCCCUGGCCAAAGCGAGUAGGAGCCCCCUGGUGACAGGCUCGCCCAAACUCCCUCCCCGAGGGGUGGGCGCAGGGGAGCAUGGACCGAAGGCGCCCCCGCCCCCGCUCGGCCUGGGCAUCAUGUCUACCUCUACCUCGACCCCUGACAGCUACGGCGGCGGCGGGGGCGCUGGCCAUCCGGGCACGCCGGGCCUGGAGCAGGUCCGGACCCCUACGAGCAGCAGCGGCGCACCACCACCCGACGAGAUCCACCCGCUGGAGAUCCUCCAGGCACAGAUCCAGCUGCAGAGGCAGCAGUUCAGCAUCUCGGAGGACCAGCCCCUGGGGCUCAAGGGGGGCAAGAAGGGUGAGUGUGCCGUGGGGGCCUCGGGCGCCCAGAAUGGAGACAGCGAGCUGGGCAGCUGCUGCUCCGAGGCUGUCAAGAGCGCCAUGAGCACCAUCGAUCUGGACUCCCUGAUGGCAGAGCACAGCGCCACCUGGUACAUGCCGGCUGACAAGACCUUGGUGGACGGCGCGGACGACGACAAGACGCUGGCGCCCUGGGAGAAGGCCAAACCGCAGAACCCCAACAGCAAAGAAGCCCAUGACCUCCCCGCGAACAAGGCCUCAGCAGCCCAGCCCGGCAGCCACUUGCAGUGCCUGUCUGUUCACUGCACAGACGACGUGGGCGAUGCCAAGGCCCGAGCCUCCGUGCCCACCUGGCGGUCCCUGCACUCUGAUAUUUCCAACAGAUUUGGGACAUUUGUGGCCGCCCUAACUUGAAAUGACAAGAACACCCCCUCCCCCACCAGGCCCUUCCCUCCCCCCUCUCUCUCCCUUCUCCCCUUACCCUGCUCCCUCCCCACCCUGAUAAUUUGAAAGGGCCACUAUUGCUGAGUGGAUGAAUUAUUUUCUAGGUUGGUACCUGCUUAGUGGCAUAUGGACUGGAAGGGGUUAAUUUAAAGGGGAAAAAAAAACCUCAAAAAAAAUUUUUUUUAAAAGAGAAACUCUGUCUGCCACAGUAUGUUACCAGUGUUAACCCUUCAGCAGUUAGCAAACUUUUGCUUAAGCCUUUUCCCUGCUAGAUAAGUCCCAUUUUUCUGUCAUCUUGGCAUACGUUUUUUAGAUGACCUCUUUCUUUGUUUUAUUCCCAUGCUGCUGUAUGUCCAAGUAUUGUUAUUUCAUAAUGAGACAAGAGUUGCUUUCCUUUUUUAUUCUCUUUUAUUCUUGUUCCACCCCCACCCCCCGCACCCUCCCCCCCUUUUUUUUUCCUUUUUGCUUUGUUCACUGCUUAUUAAAAUGGAAAUCCUGGAGAAGAGUAGUUCUGGAAUAUUGCCGGGUGAAAGUCCAAUUGUCAUCACAAUAUUAUAUAUUGACAUCCAACUGUCAUCGGUCAGGCAGGAGCCAAACAAUGAACGCCCCCCUUAGGUAUUCUGCCUGGGAUUUUGUUUUGUCUGUUCCCUAAGAAAAUAGAGAGAUUUUCUUUCCUGCACACACACGUUCAGCCUUUCGCUCCGCGCUCUCCCCUGUGGCGGGCUGCCCCUCUGCAAGGGGGCGAUGGCGCGGCCAGCCCGCUCUGUGGGGAAGAGGCAGAGUGUUUGACAGCGGUGUUUUCGCUCCUGCUCUGGGCCUCUCCACCAACGUCCAGGCUCUGAGUUUGCACGCUAUGCUACGCUGAGCAGUCCUGGUCUGCUUGGGGGAUGGAGGCCUUCCAGCUUGCAGAGUCUCUGGGGGUUGGGGGCUCCAGGCUUCAACUCUGCUGCAACCAGACCCCUGGGUCUUGGGUGCUAGAGUUGGGGAUAGAUCAAUUCUUAGCCCUUGACCUUUCCUGACAGCUGUUCCCAGCCGGGUGUCCCUGGGGAAGGAUGGGAGAGCCUGGGUGUACCUCCCCCGCCUCUCCCCGUCGGUCCCCACGCACAUCUAUUUUACCAACUCCAACCUGGGCAGCUCCCUCAUCCCUGGAAGGGAUGAGGGAGCCGCACGCUCAGCUUGCCGAGCCCCCCCUCCAAGCCUGGGGAGACGUCUUUGCCAGGUUUUGCAGACUGCUGAGGGCCAGAGCGGGGAGAAAGGGAAUAUAACUCAUGACUUUGAUACCUGGGCCUUGUUUUGUGAACCCUGGAAUUUUCCCCCCUUUUGAUGUAAUCUCACACUAUUGCAAAGUUAGAGCCACAGUCCGUGUGUUCUCGUGAAGAAAUAGCUUCUCCUUUGAGAAGUGAGGAAGGGGCAGCUGGGCCGGCAGGGCUCCUGGACACAAGCGAGGCCUAUCCCCUGGUCCUCCCAGAGCCAUGGUCCCCAGAGGCCCAGGGCUGACAGGAGCGGGCACCUUUGGGUGCUGUCGAUGCCUGCAAAGGGCUCGAAUGACUUAUGGGGGAAUGAGGGGCACUGAGAUUCCAGGGCGGGUCAGGCAGGAAGGAACUGACACCACUUCACCCAAAUCCACGACCCAUAUUUUGUUUGUUUUUGUUAACGGCCGUGUCUUACUACACAAUAAAUUCCCCAUUUUGAGGCUCACCCUACCCCUUCCCCCCAGGUCCCCAGAGUGUGCAGACCUGGCUUUUUUUAGCAAGUGACCUGCAGACUUUGGGCUCACCAUACAACACCCACAUUGUUUAUUUCAAAGAACUUUUCAGCCAAGGGAGAAGAGCGUCCAGAAAAAUCUUGCUCUUUCCACGGCCCCCUCCUUCUUCCCUUCUGCUGGCUUUUUUGGCUUGGGUUGGAGUCUGGACAGUCUGAGGUUCUUGCAUGGACAGUCUGACCGGGGACUGACCCGCAGGCCGCAGAGGGCAGGUCGAAGCUGGCGGCGUGAAUUUAUCAGAAGAAGGUGUGAGCUGAUUUGGUUUCUGAGUUCUGCCACCAAAGGAGAGAAAAGGGGAGAGAUGUCCCCCGCCCCUGUCACCGGCUGCAGGGGAAUCAGCCAGUCUGAGCAAAACUCCACGCCCCCUCUGACUCCGAAAUGUACAGCUGUUUGAGAGCUUCAUCAUUUUAUUUUUUUAAAACAGGACUGAUUUCUCCUUAAUUGCUUAAGGCUGGGGGAGCCAAGCGUCUUGACUGGUGUCUUUCACUUUCCCCGCGUUGAGCCCAUCAGCACUUGGCCAUCAGCUCAUGGUCUUCGCAACCUUGGAAACCCCUGAAGUUUAAAACGUUCUCGCUCCCCACGACCCCAGAAUGGAACAGCUUUAAAAAUAGCCUUAAGCAAAAGGAUGUUAUUUCAUUAAAUUUGGUUUAAUAGAAAGAAUAAAAGCAAAUUAAAAACACACCCAGCCCAUGAGACUCCAAACACUGGUAAUUGGUACUGCAUAGCAAACUCUUCGGGAAAGAAAAUGAAAACGUUAUUGCACAUGUAAAAUAUGAAAACUUAACUCUGCUGUGUGUUAGGCAAUCCUGUAAUCUUUUUUGACUCUUAAAAGAAAUUCAUUUCUGAAAUGCUUGGUUGGAAGACUGUGACAAUAGCUCAUGAAAUUGAGUGUUAUUUUUUCUUUCUUUUUUAAAAAAAUAUGUAAAGUGCAGUCUUCUGUAUUCAUGCAUAUUGUAUAUACCUGUAUAUGUUUUCCUGAGCAGCUAAAUAACAAUAAAUAUGAUGUUAAUGGGGAAAAAAAAAAAAAA